GCCAAAAUCCAUGGAUUAUCAUUAUUAUGAUGUCUACGGCAGUUAACAAUGCUAGAGAUAGAGAGACCCCUACGAAGGACUUCUAGCAUUAUUUACAUAGGCGCCAUCACUCACUGUGGUUGUGCGCGACGUUGACGUGCCCUUGGGUGUCUCCAAGACCUGGAAUAAGGCUUCUAUCGUCAUUACAUGAUGCGCGAAUGAGAUACACUUGCGCCGUGACAAAUCCUCACAGCGAUGUGCUGUUGAAAUGCAGGAUCAGUGGUAAUGUUCAUGGCAUCGGCAAUUGCAAGGAUGACAACACUCAGGGGCAGCAAUGUGAUGAUAGAUGCCAGUGUCGAUAAUAGAGUCAAAACCAAGUCGUCACGCGCGCGAACCAUAUAUCCUGUCAUUCGUUAUCAUCAACCACUCCAGGCUAUUCAUCAGUCUCCCUUAACGGCGGCGGCGUCGAUCAAAACCUGACUUCAUGAACGAGUACGGUGUUCUUUGUGCCCUGCCGUCGAGAACGGUGACUCGCGUAGAACGACGUGGGGCUGAGCCAGUCAGUUGCAUCUAAACAACAGUUUGCGAGCCAUGUGGAAUUCUUCGUGCCGUGCCGUCGAGAGUGGUGGCUACUCGAGUUUCGAUCUGUUGCCAAUGCACCGAGACCGAUUCACCGUGGGCAGACAGGCAAGCAGCAGCUUACUGUAUACCGAGUUUGCGUCAGAUGUGGUAGUCACUGUCGCCGGUGUGAUUCAAGACGACAUUCCCUGGCUAGAGGUAGAGGUGACCCGCUAUUUGUUGUAAGCAUCUCGGCAAGCAUUACUGAUAGCAUAGCACCAUGAAU